CAACAUUCCUAAAGAUUUCUAUUUCACCUGAACGCAGCAUGACACGGGCUCGUCGUGCCGAUUCUGAUUGGGCUGCUGAGUGCUGAGGAAAAACAGGUGACGCCAUAUUGUCAGCUUCCGAAGAAAGCGCAACCAGGCGCAACAUUUCUGCAAACAUGACAAAAUAGCAGACUUUAUCGACCGUAAACGCUAAAAUGGCGUACAUUGGGGCAAUGGAAGACGCAUCUCUGAAUGAUUAUUCUGCCCAGCAGGCGUCCAGUGUCUGCCUGCGAAGUCGACCAUGCUCCAGCGAGAGAGACGGUCAGGUACGGGCUGUCAAAGCUGCUCUUCAGUCUAGGUUGGGGCCCUACGAGCCCGUCCUGACCUACCUACAGUCUGUCCUAGUGUGGGAAAGACCCUUACAGUGUGUGCUUCUCUACACUGUGGUCAACGUUGUGUUCUGGUUCUUCGCCCUGACCUCACUGCGCCUGCUGUUCCUGCUGGCUUCUGGUCUGGCUGUGAUUGUCUUUGUUGAUACCUGGAGAAAUAAGAUCUGGCCAGAGAUUGGAGUCAGAAACCGGGACGAAUCAGAAAAUGAGAGCUGGGGUCUGGUGCAACCUGGCAUCCUCAGUGUGCCUGAACUGUGCCACCACAUCGCUGAGGCCUGGGUCAGUGGAGCCGUUAUCGCAUCCAGUGCGGUGCAGUACAAACAACAUAACCCUGGCAAGUUCUGCAUCCUGACCUGUGGAGUCUUCGCCUGCUUGGCUGUGGUUGGACGCUACAUUCCUGGAUUGGUGCUCUCAUACUCUGCUGUGUGGGCUACUCUCCUGGCUCCUCUGGGAGCCUAUCACAGGGUUUUUCAGCAUGUGUGUGUGAAGCUGGAUCCGGUCCUGCAGCGACUGGACUUCAGUGUUUGUGGAUACAUGAUGUCAAAGCCUAUUGAUAAUCAGUUCCUGCGGAGGCCUCUCCGUGGUUUCGCCUCAGGUAAAGACAGUGAUAGCGAGGAAGAGGAGUUGGCUGCUUUCUGCCCAACGUUUGAUGAUGCUGUUGUUGCCAAGGAACUUGCACUGACUGACUCUGAGCACUCUGAUGCUGAGGUGUCCUACACUGACAAUGGAACAUUUAACCUAUCGCGUGGCCAGACCCCACUCACAGAGGGCUCUGAGGAUUUUGACAGACACAGUGAUGCUGAGGAAUCCUUUGCUCAAGACCUGCCAGACUUCCCCUCCAUAAACCCUGAUGCCACUUUGAUGGAUGAUGACGAUGACACAAGCAUAGGUCUACCUAGUCUGGCUUUGUCUGGGCUAGCUAGUCACCGGGCUUCAGUGCUGGAUGUAGAUGGUCAUUUUGAUUCAGAUCAGGAGGAUCUGGAUGAAGAACUUUCUCUCAGCGGCCUGCCACCUGCCUCUGAUUUCGCCGGUGACUUGGCUGGAGUCAUUGCCAGCAACAUGAUCCAGGCAGCGCUGGCCGGGGCAAUGCAACCUCAGCGUCCUGCUACCCGGCGCAGAGAAGGCCCACCCAGGGCUGGGGUCCGCCGAAGCUACCGCAAGCAGUCCAGCUCCGAGCUAGACACAGACAUGGACGGAGAGGACUUUGAAAUGCUGGAUCAGUCUGAACUGAACCAGAUGGAUCCACUUGGAGGAGGAGCGGGUACUAGACAGGGAGAGAGCCAGGGGUCUAACUUCUUGUCUAGCCUGCUGGGUAAACCACAGUGAUGUGUGUGUGUGUGUGUGUGUGUGUGUGUGUGUGUGUGUGUAAAACUUCAUGGGCAGUGUUGGGCAGUGUUGAUGAGCUGUGAGUGUGUGAAAUGAUUUUAGGAUCCAGCAGCCCUGCUCCUGAUUGGCAUCAGUUUUAUCACUGUGAAGAACUCAAUUUUUUUUUCCUUUUAAAAAAACAAA